UUAGACAUAUUCCAGUCUACGUGUCAGUGAUUAUUUUGUCACGGAACAUUGAAAAAACUUCUUUAACAUCACAUAGAAGCAUUUCUACACACCAUAAACAUAACUACUGCUUUAAAGCACACCUCCAUUACUUCUUCUUGUCAACACAAGGCAGAUAACUGACUAUCUAGCAAGGAGUUAAUGCAGAGCUGGCAGCAGUGCUUCACCCCUCCCCCCCAUUGUAGUACCAGUAGACGUGUCACCGAUAACACACUGGUGCUGAUCACCGUGGUAGCGGGAUAAAACACCUCAGAAUACCCUGAAAACGCCCGUUCAUAGUCACCCCACACCCCUGGCAGGAUUUUGGUGACUGGUGGUUAUUACAGUGCAGCUUGGUGAGCCCCAGCCAUGUACCCUGUGGUGGUGGCGGUGCUGGUGCUGGUGGUCAGUGCUCAGGGCUUCUAUCUGCCCGGCCUGGCCCCCGUCAACUACUGCCAAAAGGGAAUGUUCGAGGAGAGCAAAUGUCAGACCGCAGUGCCCCUUUUUGUGAACCGGCUAAACUCUGAGGAGUCCAUCAUUCCCUAUGAGUACUCACAUUUUGACUUCUGCCAAGCUGAUGACAACUCAGAAAUGGUUGUUGAGAACCUUGGUCAGGUGGUGUUUGGGGAGCGCAUCAAAUCAUCUCCCUACACACUUGAGUUCAUGAAGGAUCAGAAGUGUGCCAAGGUUUGCACAAAGUCAUACAAGACGUCCAGCAAAGAAGACAAGAAGAAACUGAACGACCUGAAGCGAGCAAUGAACCUCAACUAUUACCACCACUGGAUUGUGGACAACAUGCCAGUGACGUGGUGUUAUGUAGUGGACGGUGGCAAUGUGUUCUGUGCCACUGGUCACCCUGUUGGCUGUUUUGUGGAUGCCACCUUCCGCCGCAAGGACGCCUGUGUCAUGGAUCCAAAGUACAAGGAGCGCAAUACCUACUACCUCUUCAAUCACGUGGACCUCAAUGUCACCUACCACACUGGGGAUGGGGAGAACUGGGGCACCACCUUCAGCGGGGCUGGCGGACGCAUUCUGUCCGUGCGUGUGAUGCUGAAGAGCAUCAAGCACAACCAAGGCAAGGAACCCUGCGACACCCCGGAGGUGAUGGCCAUUCCCAGCGACUUCAAGGAGGACCUCAGCAUCACCUAUUCCUACAGCGUCACAUUCACCAAAAGCAAUGCUGACAUCCGCUGGUCUUCUCGCUGGGACUAUAUCCUGGACUCCAUGCCGCACACCAACAUCCAGUGGUUCAGCAUCCUCAAUUCCUUGGUCAUCGUGCUUUUCCUCUCUGGCAUGGUGGCGAUGAUCAUUUUGCGCACUCUUCACAAGGACAUAGCUCGCUAUAACCAGAUUGAUGCUGGGGAGGAUGCCCAUGAGGAGUACGGGUGGAAGCUGGUGUAUGGUGAUGUGUUCCGGCCACCGCGACGAGGCAUGCUGCUGUCUGUGCUGGUGGGCUCUGGCACGCAGGUGUUCAUCAUGACGCUCAUCACCCUGUUCUUUGCCUGCCUGGGAUUCCUGUCACCGGCUAACCGUGGUGCCCUGAUGACCUGUGCCAUGGUGCUGUACGUCUGCCUGGGCUUCCCUGCUGGCUACGUUGCUGCUCGUCUAUACAAGAGUUUUGGUGGCGAGAAGUGGAAGUCCAAUGUCCUGCUCACUUCCAUGCUGUGUCCUGGAGUUGUGUUUGCACUGUUCUUCAUCAUGAACCUGAUGCUGUGGCAUAAGGACUCCAGUGCAGCUGUGCCCUUCACCACCCUGCUGGCACUACUCUCCCUCUGGUUCCUGGUGUCUGUGCCACUCACCUUUGUGGGUGCCUUCUUUGGCUACAGGAAGAGGUGUUUGGAGAAUCCCGUGCGAACCAACCAGAUACCCAGGCAGAUCCCUGAGCAGAGUGUGUACACCAAGCCCCUGCCCGGCAUCAUCAUGGGGGGUGUGCUGCCUUUUGGAGGCAUUUUCAUCCAGCUCUUCUUCAUCCUCAACUCCAUCUGGUCAUCCCAAACCUACUACAUGUUUGGCUUCCUGUUCCUGGUAUUCCUCAUCCUGGUGGUGACGUGUUCUGAGACCACUGUGCUGCUCUGCUACUUCCACCUGUGUGCUGAGGACUAUCACUGGUGGUGGCGCAGCUUCCUCACCUCAGGCUGCACGGCGUUCUAUCUGUUCAUCUACUGCAUCCAUUACUUCUUCAGCAAGCUGAGUAUACAAGGCGUUGUCUCCACCAUGCUAUACUUUGGCUACACCCUCAUCAUGGUCUUCCUCUUCUUCCUUCUCACAGGCACCAUCGGCUUCCUUGCGUGCUUCUGGUUUGUACGUAAGAUCUACAGUGUUGUAAAAGUGGACUAAAGACUUGUGGAAGCACUUGCUGCCUGUGUCCAAGGCCCUGAACUGCUCUGUUUGGGUGAAGACACCAUGCUGCUUGAAAUGAUACUGAGAUUCUACCAAAAAUCAGAGAAAAAUUCUCUCUUAAUGAAUAUUUGUAUGAGGUGAGCGAAGCCCACCUUGUGAAUAAUAGCAGCAGUCCAGGAGCGGGAAGAUGGACUUGGAAGGAAGUGGUGUUUCUUGAACUAAAAUGACACCAUAAAGUAAUGUUAAUGUGUCAGUGAGGACAUCUGUAGUGGUGCAUCUUGUCCAAGCCACACUGCAGAACUGUAGUUAACUUCCUGAAUAUUUAUGUUACUGAUUUUUAAGAAUGGUUUGCAAUAUUUGGUAAUUGGCUUACUUAAGGUGGUUUUUGAGGGUGUGAUCUUCAAUACUUAUGCACAUUUCUUUACAACUGCAAUUUGCUUCUUGUUUUAUUUUAUUUUACAAUUUGAAAUGUUUGAUGCUUUUUUGACAUUUUUAGUUGACAUUUUGGUAGUUGUUGUUUUUUAAAAGUGGUCGUGAGCACGUCGUCAUGACAAGCCAAAUUCCUGAGCAGUGAAAGCACACAGUAUUCAUGAACAAAAUUUUGCAUGUUCAGUGAUGAUUUCCUUUUUCUGCUCUAUAUUGUUUGAAAAUGCUUUGUGUUGUAUUUGAAAUCAUGCCCUUCUAGUAUUCUCAUCGGUGUCUAACCCCUAAUGGAUAUUUCAUGUUUGCAUCUCAUCACCCAUUGUUAGCUGCUGUCAUUAGUCGUCAGUGCUCAUCAUGGCUUUGUGGAGGGAGGAGCUGUGGAGGCAAUGCAGCAAAACCCAUUUUAUCUCUACUCAUUAUCAGAGGUAUAGCAUAUACUGAAGAUAAGGAGUUCCAGAUGACAGAUAGUGAAGGGUCGUGACAUGGGAUCAGUCCAAAUAAGAAAUGGAGCAAAGGUAGUUCACACAAAUCAGUUAUGUGAUUUCUGUAGGAAGCAGAGGAUCAGAAGAGAGUGAGUGAAGGGAGUUCAGAGUUUAUAAUGUUUGCAUUGCACACUGAACUCUAUGAUGUAUGACAAGUAUUGUACUCAUGGUAAAAAUUCAUUUGUCAAAGAGGAGGAAGUCAAGAUUGGAGUAUGCUAAAAAAUAUACACAAAAAAAAAAAAAAAACAGUAUGUAUAACUGCAGUGAGACAGGAAAUUGUGUAUUGAUAUCAUUGCGGUAUGUAUGUAUGUAUUUAUAUAAAAUAUAUUAAAGGAAAAUACAUGGUAUGCAUGGUAACUCAACCACCAACUAUAUUUUUUGAUCAUGCAGUGUGUUUAUUACUUAUUGUUGGAAAAUGCACGUUGCUUGUUUCUAUUUUAGUGUGUGUGUGUGUGUGUGUGUGUGUGUGUGUGUGUGUGUGUGUGUGUGUGUGUGUGUGUGUGUGUGUGUGUGUUUUGCUGGGAGGUAAUACUUUCUCAAGAUAAAGGGAUAGCAAAGGAAGUUUCUUAUGAUUUUAUCAAACAGCAUGACUGUUUUGGAAUCUGUGAGAGCCAAAGUGUAAUGCAUAUACAGAGAUAAAUAGACAUUAACACUGCUGUUGUGUCCCCUAAAGAGAAUACAAGGAGUAAAAAUCUCAGAUUAUUAUUACAUGAUUGCUGUAUUGGGUGAAGGGGAAGACAUCAACCAAGCAUGUCGGAAUGUAGAUGAGUUUGAAAAGACAUACUUGUGGUUUUGAAUGGUCGUGUCAGGCAUCUCUUUCUGAGGUUCUGAUGGAAAAGUAGCAAUUUGUCACUGAGUUGAGGUGAAUUCUUUGUGAACAAUCCAGAUGAAAUGGGUUUUACUGUACAAGUAGGGAAUUUGUUCUCCCUAACUCUUGCUUCAUGCAUUUCAUUAGCUUGUGCCAUUCCAUGCAGGGAGAGGCCCAUGGGAGAGGAGAGAAGUGAGGGAAACAUUCUACUGCUCUCCCUAAAGAUGACUUCCUUGCAAGUGGAUUAGGUGAGGUAUUAUCAGUAAGUCAACAUAAAAGCAUAAUGAUAAAUCUGAAAAUAACUUCCUUUGCUCUUUUAGAUCGAGUGUGCAUCUAGGAGUCACUCCAUAGACAGAGAAUAACUUGAAAAUAAUUAUGUAAUAGAUUUCCAUGUUAUUAAUUUUUUUUUUUUUUCAUAUUUGUCGAUGUUGUCUCUGUGCAUAAUAGUGUAACAAGGAACUAAAGGGUAUGAUGGCAGUCCUUGGCAGGCAAGUGGUGUAUAGACAGUACAUGGGCAAGUUAUAAUGUUAUAAUGGUUAUCCUAUUGUCCAUCUGUUUUAUGCUUGAUUUGAGGAACUUGUGCAUCAGAGGUUUUCUAUUUUAUUGAUACACAGAUCCUUUAUUGAUGUGUCUGCAGCACCUCCAUUAAGCAGAAUAACUUGAAAGUCAAAUGUUUCAAGUUUUGUCUCCGUAAUCAGCCUGCUUUCCUCAAAAAUUGUAUUUCUUGUAUCUAUUUAUAUGUAAUUUUCUUCUACUUUAUAUGCUUCCUUAAGCCAUUUCCCUUGUUAAGAUUCUAUUUAUAUAUUUUGAUAAAUCAGCUGAAUUAGAAAUUUCAGUCUCAAACACAGUAUGAUUUUUUUUCUUUCUUGUGUGAGCAGAGAACUGCUGAUAUUCAGACUUGACUUGAAGGUUAGCAAAAGUCAAUCAUAUUUUAGAAUUUUGUUUAGAAAGUCAUAUAGGGCAAAUGCUUUAGUUAAUUUUUUUUUUCUCUGGAAAAGUUUAUGUAGUAUUAGCUCUUGUAAAGAAUAGAGGAAACGUUAAUUGAGAAAUAAGAUUAAGACAAAAAGGAUUUGAGACUGACAGCCUUGCACAAAGUGAAAUGAAAAGAAGCAGCUUCUUAUCAUUCCCAGUGAAAUGCUUCUCAAAUCAAACUGAAGGAAAUAACAUGACUUCGUGAUUGGAAACUUGUUAGUGCUCUGAAUAUAUAUGUGUGUGUGUGUGUGUGUGUGUGUGUGUGUGUGUGUGUGUGUGUGUGGGGUUUUUAUUGAGUGCAUGGCCAGGUGGGUGGUACUUCUUGGUAACUAGUGUGGCACCCAGGCUGGCGUGUGGCAUUUGUUUUGGCUCAGAUUUCUUUGUGUUUAUGUACAUAAUUUUUUUUUGUUACUAUCCAGCAUGUGGGUGGAUGUUUAGUGUGACUUGUUUAAUACUUUGCUAAUAUAGUGACGACUUGGUGUGAUUUAUUUAUAAUCUAAUAUCAGAGUGAUAUUUGGUGAUUGUUGCAUUUAUAUAUCAACUUUCAUUUAUUCUCUAACUUCUAUUUUAUAUAUUUAAUUUUUGUUUUCUGUUAUUUAUAUUUAUUUUAUUGGUUUUACAUUUUUUCUGGUGAAACAUUUAUUGUUGAAACUUUCUGGGCCAAGCUCUCUGAAGCCCUGUAAUGCCAGGGCAGGAAGCAGAAACACAAGCCACAACCAUACUGGCUGGAGGUAACAUGAGAACAUAAGUAAAUAAGAGAAGCUGCUAGAAGCUGUCAGUUCCACAUGUGGGAUGGCCUGCAUGAAACGGAUCUACAUAACUCCACCUAUCAUCCUCAGCCUUGUCUUCUAAAGUUUCUUGAUGACUUUGCUGCAACACCAUUGUUGAGUCUAAUGGUUCAUUUGGUCACGGCUUGUGUCCCUGUAUUCUGUAGAGGCAUUUCAGUUCUUCUACUUGUUAGAAUGCCAAGCUGUGCCAGUAUCUAUUGGCUGCAACUAAGGCCAGGACAUGGCAGGACAGUUGGCUUUCUUGUGUUGUUUGUUCACACCACCAGAAGGUAUUAGAAAAGAAAACUGGUGUGAGUUAUUCUUGUGCUCCCUUAUUGAUUAAUUUAUUAACAAUAUAGAUUUCAUCACCUUU